CGCAGCCGCACUGCGACUCAUCACCAGCGAGUAACGGACAGCAGCACAGAGAGCGCAGGAGAGCAAUGGAGCUGUGAAAGACCUCUUCAUCAGCGAGGGCCUGAUAAUGGCCAGCCAAGGAUGCUAGCGUUACCAUGGGCAGUGUCACUCUGCGCUACUUUUGCUAUGGUUGCCUCUUCACCUCCGUGACCUGGUCGAUUCUACUCUUCCUGUAUUUCCACCUCAGCCAGGAAAGCCGUUUGUCCUUCAAAAAUGUGCCCGUCCAGGGGCAGCACCGCUUUCAGCCUCGUUUCACCCGUGGCCCAGCGAUCCUUCGCAGAGAUGGCAGUCAAGGACAUGCAAUGGAGGCUCUCAAGCCGGACCUUUCUCCAGAGCUGGGAAUGAUUUUUAACAAGCAGGACCAAGAGGUACGAGAUAUGGGCUAUCAUAAGCACGCCUUCAACGUUCUCAUCAGUAACCGGCUUGGCUACCACAGAGACGUCCCUGACACCAGGAAUGACAAGUGCAGAGACCGGAUCUAUCCCGUGGCCUUGCCCACAGCCAGCAUAGUGAUCUGCUUCUACAAUGAGGCGUUCUCUGCCCUCCUUAGGACGAUUCACAGCGUUCUGGAUCGCACACCAAACUACCUGCUCCAUGAGAUCAUACUGGUGGAUGACCACAGUGAACUGGAUGAUCUGAAGGAAGACUUGGAUUCUUACAUACAGCAGCACCUGCAGAAGAAAGUGAAGCUAGUUCGUAAUGAGAAGAGGGAGGGGCUGAUCCGUGGAAGGAUGAUUGGGGCAUCUCACGCUACAGGUGAGGUGUUGGUGUUUCUGGACAGUCACUGUGAGGUGAAUGAGGCAUGGCUCCAGCCUCUGCUCACGCCCAUCAAAGAGAACAGAAAAAAUGUGGUUUGCCCAGUCAUCGACAUCAUCAGCGCAGACACACUAGUAUACAGCCCCUCUCCUAUCGUGCGGGGGGGAUUCAACUGGGGCUUGCACUUUAAAUGGGAUCCAGUGCCCAUGUCUGAACUCAACAGCCCCGAUGGAGCCAUCAGGUCUCCCACGAUGGCAGGUGGGCUGUUCGCCAUGGACAGGAAUUAUUUUUAUGAGCUUGGUCAGUAUGACCGCGGCAUGGACAUCUGGGGUGGAGAGAACUUGGAGAUCUCUUUUCGGAUUUGGAUGUGUGGAGGCCAGUUACUGAUCGUUCCCUGCUCCAGGGUGGGGCACAUCUUCCGCAAGCGUCGGCCCUAUGGGUCACCCGGAGGUCAGGAUACAAUGGCCCACAAUUCUCUGCGUUUGGCCCAUGUCUGGAUGGAUGACUAUAAGGAGCAGUACUUUGCCUUGCGCCCGGAGCUGAGGAACAGUGACUACGGUGACAUCAGCGAGCGGGUCGCUAUUCGGAAGCGUCUACAGUGUCAUUCCUUCAAAUGGUACCUGGACAAUAUCUAUCCUGAAAUGCAGGUCUCCUCCCCACACAAGCCCCAGCAGCCUGUCUUUAUCAACAAGGGUUUGAAGAGACCCAAAGUCUUGCAGCGGGGUCAGGUAAGACCUCACAUUGACCCUUAUAUUUCCCGUACCCUGUAUGAAAGAAGUGAAUACAGAGCUAUGUUUUGUGUUUUUGUGCGUGUUUUGCAGGAAUGGGCGUAUGAUGAAGAGCAUGAGUUAAUUCUAGCCGGGCUGCUGUGUUUGGACAUGUCUGAGAUUCGUUCUUCUGACCCGCCGCGCCUCAUGAAGUGUCACGGCUCAGGUGGAUCUCAGCAGUGGACGCUGGGGAAAAAUAACUGGCUAUACCAGGUGUCAGUGGGCCAGUGUUUGGCUGUUGCUGACCCUCUCAGCAUUAAAGGAUAUGUUACCAUGGCGAUCUGUGAUGAUUCCCGGUCUCAGCAGUGGCAGUUAGAGGGUUGAGGAUGCUGGAAGUGUGAGGAACAGCUAUAGCCCCCCUCUGGCUGGGGAUUGAACUGCACCGCCGCAGUGCCGCCAGCUCAGAAACGGACAACAGACCCUUGCCAGUCCAGAUCGCUGUGACAGGAUGUUGUGAGGGCCUACAGUGAGAAGGAGCUCAACUCUGUUUCAGCUUUGGUCUGAAGCUUUCUUGACCCAUAUUCUUUACUCAGAAACAACUAUUUUUAGAAAGUAUUUUAAAAAUCGUGUUUAUUCAAGUAUUUGUACAUUUUAAUUUGCUCUUGAAAUGUAAACGAUUUGCACAGAAAAACUAUUUUCGAUGUAUUACAGAUGUUAGAUGUUAAUAAAUAUAAUCAUAGUCUGCUAGAUUU